CGCGUCGGCCGGGUUUUUAAACUCUUACAUCUCGUCAUUUUGAAGACCAACUAAAGGGCAGCUGCCGUUCCAGUUACUUGAAGGUAGAUUUUGGUGAAACACCAUGAAAUCAAAAACUGCGAUUGGGUUACCAUUUCGGCUGGGUUUCGCACUUGUGUUGUGCGUUGUGGUUCCCCGAAAAGUUGAAGCCGCCGUUACCUGUCAGUUUGACCAGGAUUUUUGCGGUUGGACACCGACACCGCGAGGAAUAUGGCAGACAACAACACAGACACUCUCCCCCAGUGUGAAACCACCAUCUGGCUCCAUUGGAAUGGCACUAGCGAGCAGUCCCACUGACGGUUGGGCGGACCUGACCUCGGAAGAGAUCGCUUCGCUGCCAUUCACCACGCUUUUCUCCUUCAAAGUCAUGCAGCAGAUGUUUGCGUUGUCCAAUAAUAAUCCCUACAUUCUGGUAUACAUUGUUCCCACCGACGGGUCCGAAGAAGUUCUUAUCUACUCCAAACGCGACCAAUUUACGUGGUCGGAGAAUAUCGUCCUAACUUUGCAGCCACGCAAUCGCUUUCGGAUUAGAUUUCGAUUGCGAACUGGUAACGGAAAAGUUUAUGCUGCAGUGGCUGGCAUUGUCCUUAAUAGGGAAGGUUUAAUCAUUCUUCCAACAACUCCAACCGAUCCCCCAACGACAACACUACAGUCCAGUUCUCUCGAUCGUUUGGUGUCUUGUACAUUUCGCUCCGGUAUGUGCGCUUGGCAAAACUCAGAGGACUGUGGCCAACUACAGUGGAAUCUCGAACACGGGAUGAGUAUCGGACUGGGAUUACCCGGUGCCCCGGAAGCUUCUUCCGACGAUUCUUUCGCCAUGGCUCGGGGUGUCGCCAGCCAAGCCGACGUCGUCACGGCGUGCUUGCAGUCGCCGUCUUUCCAAUCAAGCGACCCAAGCGAGCUGAGUUUUUGGUACAACAUCGGCUCCUAUGAUUUCACCAGCCACCAAACAAAACUCCGAAUGGUUGCCGGUACCGAAACACUGGGAUUAACGAGUACUGGCGAUUUGUGGGAACAAGCACAUGUCACCAUUCCAGCUUCGGCAGAGCAGUUGAGGUUUGCCGCUGACUUAGAAGGAAACGAUUACGUUGCAAUCGAUGAAGUACUGUGGAAUGGAGACGAGAAUGGUUCGCCGGUUGUUUUUCCAACGACAUCCGAUAUUGUACCUAGCGCGGCUCCCACCACAACGGCAGGUCCUACGACACCAAUGGUUUUGCCAGAUAAUCUUCUUAGCUGUGAUUUUGCCGAUGAUUUGUGUGGAUGGACAACUGAGACCGACGAAGACUUCCAGUGGAAUCGAACCAAUCUCAUUCAGGCUGCGCCGCGACCAAUCAGCGGAGUGGCUAGUACCGAUGGAGUUUUUUUAUUUGCGCAAGGGAAUAUGAAAACUGUCGCAGAACGCGCCCAUUUGGUAUCAUCGCCCAUAACACUGCGUCAGCGGGCUAUAUUACGCUUCUAUGUGUUUAACACGGCACCAAUGGGCGACGGCGUUUAUGUCACAUUAAAUUUCGCUGAUGGGCAACAAACUACCAUAAUGCGAGAUAUUGUCAAUGGGUUUAACCGAUGGAUUGUUAAGAAUGUUGUACUCGACAUUCUGGACCGGGAAUUCAGCAUUGUUAUUGGAGCUGGCGUAAUGAGUAUCCGCCGUUUCGGAUUGGACCAGAUAGCCUUGCUUCCAGAAGGGGACGUGGAGUACGGUAGCCAACCGAUACGGCUAACAACCACCCCGCGGACGACGACACCGCGCACUACCACCACACCACGUCCAGCGGUGACGGAUGAGCAUGUCACCUGUUCAUUUAAUUUCGACACGUGCGGCUGGCGGACACAUCCUUCUUCCGAGGGCCAUUGGAACCGCACGGAGGAUGCCGGCGUGGCGAACCUGCCGGCGACCGCUUCGCAUCAAGUUGCCGAUGCUUGGUUUGUGGCAUUUCGGGGCAGCUCUGCCUCCGAUCUGACGCAAGGUCUUUUGGAAUCUCAGCAGUUCGAUAAUCGGCGUCCGCGAAAUUUGACCUUUUGGUACUACAAACGCGGAACCGGCAGCGGGGUAUCGUAUCUCGGUCUGCGGGUAGCUGACGCCACUGGACAGCAAGGUAUCAAUAUCUGGCGCCACCAGGGGUCGCCUAAUCCAACCUGGCAACAAACCACACUGACUAUCACCGACACCGGGAAGAUAUCGUUGGUCUUCUACUGUGGCGCCACAAAUUAUAUCGUAUGCGGUGUUGAUGAAAUCUACCUGGAUGGCGAAGAUGAACUAGACAUCUCGGCGUUUCCCGACGACUAAUUACUGCUUUCGAUAGAAAUACAUUUUAACUGCACAUAAUGGCUUUUUGCCACUAAAAUACUGCUGUUGUCGCUAAAAUACGUUUUGCUGAGAGUUGUUCCAUUGGUUCAUAGCUUUGUUAUCAAGUUAACCGAUGACGUUACCAUUGCUAAGCCGACGACUCCUCCCUCUCCUUCUGCAUAGCGCAUUGGUUGUCCAACCGGGCCGCUGUCGGCGCUUUGAUGGCUGGCGGUAGCACCCGCUUUGUUAGCGUCUUUGUCAGCCGCUUUCUGCACAUUUUGUGACGCAGUACGCUCGCUAUCCGUCUUGCGUUUGUUCAUUCUUCGGCAGCCUCACGAGUUCUCAUUUA